AUAAUCUUCUACGUUAAUUUUAUCUUUCUUGGGUAAUUUUGAUGCAAUUUUGAGUCCUCGUCCCCUGCUUGUAAGUUGUAGAGCACGAAUUAAUAUUUAUAUUUUAUGUUAUUUGUGUGUAAAUGAGUCAUGAGUCUUUACAAAUUACGAAUGGAGAAGGGUACACAAGCCCUCAGUCUUUGCACCGGGCAACGACCUAGUUGUGUAAGUUGUAAUUGUUUAAGUUGUAAAAGUUACAAAGUGGGGAAAAAGACAAGUUUGGUUAGUAAUGGCCUAAUGGGGGCUCCUCCUUUUCUUCAAAAGCAUAAAAGGGCUAUUGUGGAAACUAGUUUUGGUAAAAAAAAAUAAAAAAAAGCUGUAUACAUUUUGUAAGUUGAAGAAAAUGGUGGGCCUGAGAGAAAGUAGGGAGUUUAAUAAUAAAAUGGUUGAGUACUUGAGUUUAUGGGGAGAAGGGGGUUGGCUUCAAGUUUCAUGGGGCUGUGCUAAUGUGUUAGUGGGCAUUGAAGCAAGAGGUUUUAUCUUUGGUCCCCCUAUUGCCUUGGCUAUCGGAGCAAAGUUUGUGCCAUUGAGAAAGCCAAGAAAGUUGCCCGGUGAAGUUAUCUCAGAAGAGUACGUAUUGGAGUAUGGAAGGGAUUGUCUUGAGAUGCAUGUUGGAGCUGUUGAACCUGGUGAGCGUGCUUUAGUCGUUGAUGAUCUGGUUGCUACUGGUGGCACUCUAUGUGCAGCUAUGAAUUUGCUGGAACGUGCUGGAGCAGAAGUGGUUGAGUGUGCAUGUGUCAUUGAACUACCAGAUUUGAAGGGCCGUGAACGCUUGAAGGGGAAACCUCUAUACAUAUUGGUGGAAGCACAUUAGUACAGCAAUUGCUCUCCCAUCUCAAGAUAAAAAGUGUACAUUUAAGUACAUGAUUGGUUUGGCAGCUUCACUGAAUCAGAUAACUCUGCUGUCAUAUUUUUUUUCUCAUCUGACCGUCUCCUAGUGCCUUGUGAAUUUGGAUAUGGGUUGAAAACAUUUUCUUACCCAUAACGCAAUCAUCAAAUCCAUCUAAGAGAUGGCUUCAGCUCGAGAAAAUUCUUCGUGCUUCACCCUGAUUAAGCAGGGACCGAGUUGUCCUCCCUAGAUUUAUGUGCAUUAUGGUCAGGUUGUAGGUGACAUUUGACAUUUGGCUAGACAAAAGAAGCUCAAAACUGAGUUUUGACAAGAAUAUUUUUAAUUGUUAUACUUCUAUCAGAUUUUAUACCCAAUUGGGUAAUACUAUUAUCUACAUCUGAUUACAGGAGUUCGUGUUA